AAUUCACUCUCUACAAUCUUUUUAGAAGUUAUCAAAAAGAAUGAUAUAUAUACAAUAAAACUCUUCUUCUCUACCCUUUGCCAUUGGCCAAUCAAAAUUUCAUUAUUUAAAACCCUAUUUAACCUCCUCCACCACCAUCACCACCACAGCUACCUUUUCUUUUCUUUUCUUUUUCUUUAUUCUUUAUUCUUUAUUCUUUUAACAAUGGAGAGGACGCAUGAUGAUCAUCUUCCACCGUAUUUAAUGGUGGAAAACCAUUCAGAUUUCUCUUCUUAUAAUCACUCACCUGAAACCCUAAACCUAAGCCUUAAUCUUAAUCAACUGAUUCCAUCUCCAUCACAUGAAACCCACUUCUUAUGGCAAAAUCAACUCCCUCAAAACCGUAUCCCUUCGUCACAAAGCCGUGCUACUACUGUCUAUCAAACCCUAAAUCCACAAAACCCACUUUUGCAAACCCACCUUUUCCAAAACCCUAGCUCACAAAACCACCUUCUUGUGCAAGAAAGCCACCAUCAGCAUCAACUCCCUAAUUAUCAUCAGAUGAAUGAUUUUGGUAGUGGUUUAGAUUCUGGGUUGCCCAUAAACCCUAGUUUUGCUGAGCCUGUCCGUAUGCAAAACCACCACCACCACCACCAACUGAGUCUUGAAGAUGCCUUCAGUCGCGUGAACAUAUCGGCUGCUACCUCAAAUCACCAGUUUCAUCAAUUGCUUGAUGAGAAUUAUCUAACCAAUAGGGGAAUUUUAUCUGCUUAUUCGCAACAACAGCAUUCACUUAAUAGAAUGAGAAGUAUCUCUGCCGGUCUUGGCUUGCUUCGGGCUAAUUCGAACUCGGCUAUUGAUCGGUACUAUCAGAAUGGAAGCAAUAAUCUGGCAGCCUUGGGUCAAUCUUUUUCAAAUUAUAGCAACAACAAUAGACAGAAUUUCCAGCGCCGUACUCCGUCUUAUGAUGGGCUGAACUAUGGACAUAUAGUUAGGCCUAACCCUAAUCGACUUGAUUCGAGUUCUAGUCAAUUCAUUAGUAGGGCAAGAUCCAUUAAUGGGUUAGAUUCAGAAAAUUCAAGACAAUUGCUUUCUCCAUUGUAUUAUGGUAGACAGAUAGUUCAAGCAGGAAAACAUGGAAAUUACUCUUCAUUAGAGCAAGUGAGAGGGAGAAUGGCUAUGGUUGCUAGGGAUCAAGAUGGGUGUCGUUUUUUGCAAAAGAAGGUUGAAGAGUUAAUACCUGAACAAACUGAGAUGAUUUUUUUGGAAGUGAAAGAUCAUCUGUAUGAUCUAAUUGUAGAUCAGUUUGCUAAUUAUCUUGUUCAGAAGCUUUUCUUGGCCUGCAAUGGUGUACAGAUUAAUCAACUUCUUCUCUCUUUGGUACAAAAUGGUGAAAGACUGAAAAACAUAUGCAUUCAUAUGCAUGGAACUCGUGCAAUGCAAAAAAUAAUAGAAAUCAUCAAUAAUUAUCCGGAGCAAAAGGCGUCACUUGUAUCUGCUUUGGGAAAUAUCACUGUCUACCUAGCCAAAAACCAUAAUGGUCAUCAUGUAAUUCAACAAUGCCUUAAAUGCUUUGAGGUUGAGUAUACUCAGUAUCUUUUGGCUGAAAUAGCUCAAAGUUGUAUUGAAAUUGCAAGGGAUAAAAGUGGAUGUUGUGUGUUGCAAAAAGCUCUGGAUAGCUCUUAUGGAGAGCUUAAAGAGUGUUUCAUCACUACAAUAACAGCUAAUGCGUCCGUCUUGUCGGUUGAUCCUUACGGGAAUUAUGUUGUGCAAUAUGUACUUCAAAUGCACAUACCACAUGCUGAAGCCACUAUACUGGAGCAACUCAGAGGACAAUUUGUCAAUCUUUCUAUGGACAAAUUUGGCAGCAAUGUUGUGGAGAAGUGUUUGAAAGAAUGCAAUGAGAUUAAUGCUGCAGGAAUUGUUCAAGAGCUUGCCGACAGUCCAUCCAUUUUGCGAGUUCUUCAGCAUCCUUUUGGAAACUAUGUUGCUCAGUCAGCACUUGAAGUAGCUCCGGAAGAUCUCUACCAGUAUCUUGAGCGUGUGAUCAUUUUCUUUGAGCGUGAACUGCACAGCCAUCUUCAUGGGAAAAAAGUGCUGGCUCGAACUCGAUCAGGAAAGAGGAACAAUCGUGUACGAGCAAUUAAUGUAGACUACUAGAGUAACUUCUUGUGUGCCUGUCAUUAUACUCCAUUGUUUCCCUAUCCCUAGAGAGUAUAGUAUUUUGUUGUUUUGCUGCGUCUUAGGUUUCAGGUGAUGUUUGUUGUUUUGCUGUGUCUUAGGUUUCAGGUGAUGUUUGUUGUUUUGCUGUGUCUUAGGUUUCAGGUGAUGUUUGUUGUUUGUUGUUUGUUUCAAGGCAUGUGUAUGCACUGUGUUUUGAGUACUUGUAGCAAAGAGGGUUGUGCCAUUUGAAUUGUAUGUUUUAUGA